UAGGUCAUCGGGUUAGGUUGUAGUUACGGUUGGUCGUGAUUUCAAGCACGUUCUACACAUUCAACCAUAAAAAUGUUACAUAAAAUUAUUUUCAAACGAAAUUUUAUUUGCAACAUUUUUAUGAUAUAAUAAAUUUGCAACAUUUUGUGACAACAUUUGUGGGAAUCGAUUUAAAUGACUCACUCCGUAGGAGAGUCGGAAACUUGAAAAAGCCGAACAUGGCGGUAGCGACAAAUUCGUUUGAUAGUUGGCUCAGCAAGAAGUUGCAGGCUUUAAAUACUGACGAAGGUGUUUUUGGAUCAUACAUCAAAGGAAUUUUAGAAGGUGAUGAAUCGGAGGAUGAGAAGACCGAAGCCCUUGAAGGCAUACUCUCGGGCAUAACGGACAAUGAUAUUAGUAAACACGUAGCAGAAAUUUUGAGUGCUUGGGCUAAGUGGCUACCUGUUGAAGAUGUUGCUGCUUCAAAAGUACCAGUUGAAGAUGUGGAUGUCAGACUGGCACGAAUGUUAGAAUCUCAGUCUCUUCCAACUACCACACAAAAAAGUUACACUGAAGAAGAAAGACGGAUAAGGGAAGCAAUUCUUGCUCAGUAUAGUCAAAUGUCAGACCAGGAAAACAGCGAAGGUGAGGGAGAGGAGGAUGGAGCAAGUGGAGGAGAUUGUGGAAUUGAAAAGAACACAAAUGUUGCAACAAUAAUACAGCAAGAGAAAGAACGAAGGGAGAAAGCAAAACAAGACAGUCAAAGGAAAAAAGAGAAAGACAAAGAGGAUAGGGAGAAACAAAAACAGUUAAAGGAAGAAAAGAAGGAGAAACGGAAAACACAGAAAGGAGAAAGAAGAAGGUAGCAUUGGGACAAUAGGAUUCUAAUGUUUACCUCAAGAUUUCAAAUAAUCAAAUUAGCAUACAUAUAUGUCUGUGUUUAUUCUCGUGCAUGCAAAAAUCAUCAACAGCUAUUUAAAUUGUUUAUUAAGUUUCUUCUAGAAAUAUGUGUCUGUAAAACAGGUAUCUUAAAAGAAUAUGAUUCAAGGCAAGAUGUUAAAUGUACAUGUGCUGUUGAACGAUGCUAAUUAUAUCUGUUGUAUGUAACAUUGCAUCCUGUGCCUUCUAUCCAUUGGAAAUCUUUACGAAAGAUCUUCACUAUAAAAAUAUUCUAUUUAUUCUUUUCUACGCUUUCCUUAACAAUUGAAAUUUGUUACACAUCACUUUCGUGUGUAUUUAAGGCAUAAUCUUUUAAAUGAAUUCUGUUUUUGAAUCUUAUUUAAUUUGGAUUAAUAUCGAAAUGAUAUAUACAUGUAAAACAGUGAUAAAUCUAUCUGAAAACAUCUA